AUGCGACUGGACUUCGAUGGGUCGGAGUUUACUUUCGAAAUUAAAUAUCGUCCCGGUAGAGUUAACGUCGUUGCUGACUGUUUAUCAAGACCACCGCCAGAUAUACAAAAGUAUAUGGAAAGUUGCAGUGUCAAGAUUUCGCCUGACGUUAUUCAAGCUACUAUCUCGGCGGUUAAAGCACAAGAAACAGGUGACGUACGGAUAACAGCCGUAACCGCUGAUGAGAAAGAACUACUGCCUGAUAAAAACUAUGAGGCAAUGCCUGCUGGCGCAAGUAAACUAAAGGUCGCGGACAUAGUCAAAGCACAAGACGAGGACGCUACAAUAGCUCGCGUUUUACAACUCUUAAAAACCAGUCAUAAACCUUCUGUAACAGAAUUACGACGAGAAACACCACAAGUUCGAAAGUACUUCUGUAAAUGGCACGUCAGCGAUUCUUCUGGCCAAACAUGCGAAAGGACAUCGAACAUUUUAUCCAUCACGUCUGCCGAUGUCUGAAGCAAAAACAAUCCAAUCGACAUACAGUUGCACCGCUACAACUAAUUGUCACAACUGCACCGUUCCAAUUAAUCUCGAUUGACUUUGUACAUCUCGAGCAGAGUUCCGGUGGUUACCAGUAUAUCUUAGUAGUUGUCGAUCAUUUUACUAAGUAUUCUCAAGCCUACCCUACGAAAAAUAAGAGCGGUGUGACGGCGGUGGAUAGAAUUUUUAAUGAUUUUAUACAACGGUUUGGCGUCCCGAAAAAAAUCCAUCACGACAUGGGCGGGGAGUUUGAGAACAAUUUUUUCAAGCGAUUAGAACAAUUAACCGGCGUAAUGCGCUCUCGGACUACACCGUACCAUCCUCAAGGCAACGGCAUAGUUGAGCGGAUGAAUCGUACUUUGUUAGGCAUGCUGCGAACAUUACUAGAGUCGUAUAAGUCUAGAUGGAAAGAUCACCUUAAUAAACUCAUUCAUGCGUACAAUUGCACUGUACACGAGUUCACGAAGUAUUCACCAUUCUAUCUACUGUUCGGUAGAAGUCCCAGACUACCUAUUGACUUAAUGUUUGACCUGCCAGACAAAGCGGAAAGUAAUUCGCGAUCAGAUUAUGUGUCGAAGUGGAAAACUGCAAUGACCGAGGCUUACCGAAUUGCUCACGAAGCUACUACGAAAAGUGCCGAAGGAAAGAAGAACUAUGAUCGUCGUAUACGCUAUACGGACUUACAACCAGGAGAUCGUGUUCUUGUUCGAAACCUUUCACCGAGGGGAGGACCGGGGAAACUUCGAGCAUUUUGGGAA